AUGAUUGCGGACUUCCGUCUCACCGGUGAAUUAAGAACGUCCAUGAUGAAAGGGCGUAUUCUCCCUCAUCGAUUGCCCAGUUGUUCGAGUACUGAGAAGCUAGGGACGCUCGAGUCUCCUGAAGCGACUAUUGAGAAGGCUGCAGCAUCCACAGAAGAGAUUUGGCCCACAAAAGACUUUGGUCUUGUACCGAUCCCGAAGAGACUCCAAUACAAUCCCACCAAACCUUUUCACUUUGGCAUCUUGCUCAACGCCUCCUUCGGGUUUGCUAGCACAUUCAGUACGGAUUUCUCGGUAGAUGGUGAACGGAUGCUAAUGGCGAGACAGUCGUCGUCGAGUUUUCUAAAUCGUUCAAUUAUCCCUACCCUCACUCAAGCAGGGUAUUUGGUGGGAUUACUUCUGAUAUCCCCCCUCGGCGACCUUGUUCGACGCAGACAACUCGUGUUACUGCUGGUCGCGUCAUCUACUACUCUCACAAUAGGAUUAGCCGUCACCAAAAAUCUCCGCGUCUUCGAGGCCUUGUCGUUCUUGGUUGGCGUUGCAACUGUCACUCCCCAGAUCUUGAUGCCUCUAGCUGCAGAUCUGGCUGCACCUGAUCGCAGAGCGUCAGCAUUGUCCGUGGUGCUCUCGGGUCUCAUGCUAGGCAUCCUGAUCGCUCGUGUCUUGGCUGGCGUCAUAGGCAAUUUUACAACCUGGCGUGUAGUCUACUAUAUGUCAAUUGGUGUUCAAUCACUCGUUCUAAUCGGCGCCUACCUCGUUCUUCCCGACUAUCCUGCCAAAAAUCACGACUUGACAUACUUCAAAAUCCUUUUUUCGAUGGCCAAGUAUGCAAUAACGGAGCCACUUGUCAUACAGGUGGCCAUUAUAAAUAUUGCAUCCAGCGCAUGCUUCACGAGUUUCUGGGUCACUCUCACCUUCCUUCUCGGGGGUCCGCCCUACUACUACUCCACUCUCGUAAUUGGUCUCUUUGGUCUCGUUGGCAUGCUAGGCGUGCUCGUCGGACCUUUCGCAGGACGCCUCAUUGAUAGGCUGGUUCCUUGGUAUGCGACUUUGGUAGCCACUAGUUUGCUUCUAGUUUCCCAAGCUGUGCAGACUGCAGCAGGUGGGAUCAACGUUGCAGCUGUCAUCAUCGCAUGCUUCGGACUUGAUGUUGCGCGUCAGUCUCAGCAAGUCUCCCUGUCGACUCGGGUCCUGAGCAUAUCUUCCGCAGCUCGUGCGCGCUUGAACGCCAUCCUCAUUCUAUCACGUUGGUUUGGCUACGAAGGGGGCCUGGAGGCGCGCAAAAGCGUUGUCUUGGAGAGGGAGAAAGCACAGUGUAGCGGAGAGCGGAAAGAAAGUGCAGCGAUGCUCGAAAAUGAAUACAAUGGCAGCUGGAGAGAUCUAGGGAAUUUGUUGAAGGAUGAGGAUGCGAGGGGACACCCCUCAGGCAAAAAUAGCCGCAGCGAUGCUGAGCCCUGGCGCACUCCACAGUCUGUGGGGCAGAACUUUCCCGCGGGAGGGGACACCCGAUUUGACGGGUAA